ACCCAGGACUGAUCCCUGAGGAACCCCAGUUUUGAGUGGGCAAGGUUCUGAGCUAGAUCCUCUCCAAGUUACCCGGUAGGUUCGGUCUGCCAGGUAAGAUGUCAGCAAAGAGAGCGCAGAGCCUGUGACACCCAUAUUCUGGAGUGUCGAAAUGAGGAUCUGGUGGUUCACUGUGUCAAAGGCAGCAGAAAGGUCCAGAAAGAUGAUGAUGGAGGAGAGAGAAUUUGAUUUGGAGAUAGAGGGGUGAAAGAGGAAAGAGUACUGGAUGUGAGGGAUGGUAAGGUGAUUUUAGGAGGUGUGGUGGAGAAUGAAGAGCGUAUGUCAUCUAUCUUUUUUACAAAGUAGUUGACAAAGUGGGUUGGUAGGAGGGAGGAGGUGGACUGGGGGAAUCUAGCAGGUUAGAGAAGAUGGAAAAAAGUUUUUGGGGGUUUGAGAAAGAGGAUUCAAUUUUGGUUUGAUAAAAAGAGCUUUUUGCUGCAGAAAUAGAGGCAGCGAAGGAGGAAAGAAGAGACUGGUAGGUAAGCAGAUCAUCUGGGUGUUUAGCUUUCCGCCAUUUCCUUUCCGCUGCCCGUAUAGUUGAUCUUUCAGCACGUACUGAGUCAGAUAACCACGGCGCUGGGGAGGACUAUGAAAAUGAAAUCAUAUCAAUCCCUGAUUCUCAGGAGAAGAUGAGGGCGCUCUAUCGUGUGCCUUUUGAAAAGAGUUCAAGGAAAAGAAAUCUUCUACAAAAUCCUGAAAGAAAAUGAGCCACAUCUAAUCCGUGACAUUGAUGAGAACAUCAUGGAAAAAGUGCAAGUAGAACCAAUGACGGCUAAGAAGCUGCUUUUUGAAACAUUGAAUGAUUUGAGUUCAGAGGAGCUUCACACAUUCAAGUCACUCUUUGAAUCGGAGAAAGGUUUCCCACUCUCACCAAGGAGUCUACAGGACACAGUGGAGCUGAUGGUGGAGACGUACAGCCAUGAGUGUGUGGAGUUGACCAAAAAGGUUUUAAAGAAGAUGAACAGGACUGAUCUGGUGCAGAGAUUAUCAGACAUCAGCUCAGGGACCAAAGAGAAACAGCAGCCUUCACUGAUCCAGAGAGUGGAAAUGCUGACGUCUGUUAUAGAGAUGCUUUUGGAAACACUGAAAGAGUUGAGAGACGGACAGCUCCAGAAGUUCAAGAAGGUCCUCUGUGACUUCCACAGAUAUUUCUCAGUCCCCCUAUGGAUGCUGUGGGAGUCAACCGACAGGCAGGACAUAGUGUUUUCAGUGGUGCUGAUCUACGGCCAACAGUCUGUGGAGACGACCAGGGAGGCUUUAAUGGAGAUGGAGAGGACUGAUCUGGUGCAGAAGUUGUCAGACAGCAGCUCAGCUCCCAAAAAAAAACACUCUGUGGAUGAAUACCUGUCUGUUCUGAUCCACAAAGUGGCAACAAUGAGUGCUGUUAAAGAGCUGCUUUUGGAAACACUCAGUGGUUUGAGUUCAGAGGAGCUAAAGACAUUCAGGUGGUUGCUGCAGUUCAUGUUCUUCCAGAGGGGCGUUCCAAACAUCUCAUGGAGACGACUACAGUGGACUAACGGGGCAGAUGAACUGGUGGUUGUGAUGCUGGAGAACUACAGUCAACAGGCUGUGGAGAUGACCAGGGAGGUUUUAAUGGAGAUGAACAGGAGAGAUCUGGUGCAGAGGCUGUCAGAGACCAUCUCAGGAACCAAAGCUGCAGGAUCAUCAGCUCUGGCAUUGGGUGUGAGUACCACAGAGAAAGAGAAACACUCUGUAGAUGAACAUUUGCCUGCACUGAUCCCGAAGGUGGAAACGAUGGCAUCUGUUAUAGAGCUGCUUUUGGAAACACUGAAAGAGUUGAGAGACGGAGAGCUCCAGAAGUUCAAGAAGGUCCUCUGUGACUUCCACAGAUAUUUCUCAGUCCCCCUAUGGAUGCUGUGGGAGUCAACAGACAGGCAGGACAUAGUGUUUUCAGUGGUGCUGAUCUACAACCAACAGUCUGUGGAGAAGACCAGGGAGGCUUUAAUGGAGAUGAAGAGGACUGAUCUGGUGCAGAAGUUGUCAGACAGCAGCUCAGCACCCAAAAAGAAACAAUCAGAUGAACACCGACCUGCACUGAUCCAGAGAGUAGCAACAAUAGCAGCUGUUAAACAGCUGCUUUUGGAAACUCUGAAUGAUUUGAAUAACGAGGAGCUCUGGGAAUUCAAGCAGUCCCUGAAGUGGAUUUCCUUCCAGAAGAACCUCCCAAACAUCUCAUGGAUGUUGAGUGACCCAGAAUACAGAGCAGAGAUAGUGGAUCUGAUGUUGGAGACUUACGGCCAGCAUUCUGUGGAGGUGAUCAGGGAUGUGUUCAUGAAAAUGAACCGGACUGAUCUGGUGCAGAGGCUGUCAAAGCCCAGCUCAGGACUCAAAGAGAAACACUAUGUGGAUGGACAUCGACCUGAACUGUCAGAGAGAGCAGCAGCAAUGGCAGCUGGGAAACAGGUUCUUUUGGAAACACUGAAGGAUUUAAGUAUCGAGGAGCUCCAGAAGUUCAUGUUUUUGCUGCGGUUCACGCUGUUCCAGAAGAGCCUUCCACUAAUCUCAUGGAGCCUACUGGAUCGGAAAGACAGUGCAGACACACUUGUGGCUCUGAUGUUAAAGACCUGUGGCCAGCAGUCUGUGGAGGUGACCAGGGAGGUUUUCAUGGACAUGAACAGGAGAGAUCUGGUGCAGAGGCUGUCAGUCAUCAGCUCAGGACUCAAAGAGACACAUCAGUCUAAACCGCUCCACAAAAAAGUAACUAUGACAUCAGUUGAGGUCAAGCUUUUGGAAAUGCUGGAAGAUUUAAGUUACGGGGAACUCGAGCAAUUCAAGCAUGUCCUGCAGUACACCAGAAAGAAGAAAGGCCUCCCAAGAAUCUCAGGACAGAGAAUGGAAACAGCAGACAGAGAUGAAAUGGUGGAGCUGAUGGUGGAGAUCUACGGCCAGCAGUCUGUGGAGGUGACCAGGGAGGUUUUACUGGAGAUACACAGGAGAGAUCUGGUGCAGAGGUUGUCGGACAUCAGCUUAGGAUCUAAAGGGCCUUCAACAAGAGGCGAGCUUGAGGGAUGUGGAAGCACUAUGCAGCAGGUCUCCAGUGACUGGACUAAACUUGAACCGGAAGUUACCCUUACAGAUGCAGAUGAAGCUCCAACUUACAGGCCAUGGUGGUUCUCCGCAAUGCAAAAGCAGCGAGCAAAACGCUACACUCCUGAGCUGAUGGUGGAGAUCUACGGCCAGCAGUCUGUGGAGGUGACCAGGGAGGUUUUACUGGAGAUACACAGGAGAGAUCUGGUGCAGAGGUUGUCGGACAUCAGCUUAGGAUCUAAAGGGCCUUCAACAAGAGGCGAGCUUGAGGGAUGUGGAAGCACUAUGCAGCAGGUCUCCAGUGACUGGACUAAACUUGAACCGGAAGUUACCCUUACAGAUGCAGAUGAAGCUCCAAAUUACAGCCUACAGUCUGAAGCAGGAAACUUUGAAUGCAGUGUCUCUGCCUUGCGCUGGGUCUGUAAGGAGAAGGUCAGCUUUAAGUACCAGUUUUGCUCUUUGGAAAGACAUAUGGAGAGGAUGGAAAGCCUACAAUACAUGCCUGCAGGUCCCCUUAUGGACAUCACAGUCAUUGCUGGGAAGUUAGAUGAAGUGUACCUGCCGCACUGGAUCUGCGUAGAUGGCAACCCUGAAAUAUUAGACAAGUUUGCAGUCCUGCACAUAGAUGACUGUGGAGAUUCUGUGGAAAAAGUGUCUGAGGUCACAUCGUCCCAUGUCAAGCUGUCUGAACCCGUUUUCUCUCUAAAAAUGGUCUUGGUUAAAGUCGGCUUUUCAGUGGGAAUACACUGUAAAGUGUUAAUAUACAAGACCAACAUACCAUUCCUCACACUCCAUGUUUACCUGAUCCCACCUGAUCCCGCUGUGCAACAGGAAUUGGACAAGACUGAAGUAUCCUGUGGAUACCAAAGAAUCCUAAAGCAACAUCCAAAGAAGCCCCUGAAAAUGAAUGAUCGGUUCAUCCUUACAGCAGAUCUGGACAGUGGAGAACUGUAUCGUGAUGACUUAAUGCUCAUAUAUGAAAGCUCAGACCCAAAUUUCUUUGAAUUGUUCAUGAAAAAUCCAGACACAGAUAUUGUGCUCAAGCUUACACAAGAAAAUGAUCUUCAACCAGUAUGGACCUGUGUAAUUCAAAAAGAUGAGUACCAAAGCAGCACUGGUCCUGUACAAGGUCAACACUUUGUAGAUAAACAUAGAACCAAGCUGAUCGAGAGAGUGAGCAACAUUGCAGCUAUUUUGGAUGAGCUCCUCUACAAAGAUGUCAUCCAACAAGAGACGUAUGAUAAAAUCAGGGUUCUGCCUACCUGUCAGGAGAAGAUGAGGGAGCUCUACUCCGGUCCCCUGAAAGCUGGUGGAAUUAGGUGCAAAGAUAAAUUCUACAACAUCCUUGAGAUAAAGGAGCAGUAUCUAGUUGAUGAGCUCAAGGAAAUAAAGUGAUUAUUAUAAUGAAAUACAUUUUUAGACCAAACAUACCGUCUACCUGAACAGGAAUGUUUUUUGGUAACACUUGAAGGUAUCUACAUAAGAGUGACAUGACACAUGAACCCUAACCAUAACCAUAACUUGUCAUGACAAAAACCGAAUGACACUUACUAAAAUAAGUGAGAUGUCAUAAAGGUUUAUGACUUUUUUUAUAAUGACACGUUCAUCACCAUCCUUUAAGUAAAGUGUUACCAGUUUUUUUAUACAAUCACUGUAAUUGUAUAGCAAUAGCAAGCAGACAUUAACAUUAAUAUUUCCCCUUUGUUAAAUAACAAUAGGUUAAUGUUAAUGCUAUAUGUAUAAUCAGAGCUCUUGUCUUUUAUUUUACACUUAAAUGAGUUGAAACUGGUAUGGCGUGUGGUGCCUUUCCUGCCCUGAUCAGUGAGGCUCAUUUUUCAUGAGAUGAGAUAUCAUGUCAUGUUUUAAACCAGAUUUGGCAAAUGUUUAUCAAACAAUCAUGUAACAAAUGAAUGAAAGUUCCCAUCAUACAUGUAAUGUUUUUAUCAAGCAAACACCAAAUGAGUGUAUGUAAGGAGUCUGUUUUUAAUGUAAUUUAUGAAAAUGUUUAAAUGUGCUUGAUCAUAAAUGAUUAUCCAUAAGUUUAGCAUGUAAAGCAGGUUUGACCUCAUAUUUAUGUUAAAAGAUGGUUUUAUCUUGUUUCUUGUCUUUUUUAUGCACAAUAAGAAUAGCUUUACUGUUAGAGGGUCAUCCAAAAUGUUUUGUAUUUUGAAAUUUAUAUAAAUCUGAGAAAAUGUUCUGUUGCUAUGUGCAGUUCUUACAUAUGGAGUGA